AUGACGACAUCUCUUCAAUUCAUGCUUCCUGGGCGUGAAGAUAAGAUUCCGAUGAAUGAAGUUUCAUUAAAUUACACCGUUCAAGACAUUCGUCAAGCAUUAUUACCUAAAUUGUCAGAGAUAAAGCAGAAUCCUCCAACAACAUCAUCGCAAAUACGAUUAAUAUACAAUGGGAGAGUGUUGAUCGGCACAACUCCGCUUGAUAAUAUCAUAAACAAAUCAAUUGACCCUCCUUAUACAUUCCAAAUCUUGAUUGGACAGCUUGGAUCCAAUCCAGAUCCAUCAGAACAGCCUCCGAUCGAUACAUCUGAACAAAAGGAUGCAUGUUGUUUACUAAUUUAA